UUCUCUGACACAUAUGUAACGUUUCUCUAGUCACUAUCUGAAUCAGACUAGACAAUUCCAUGUGAAUUUUCUGUCUUUCUCUCCCUCUUUGCCUCUCUCCUUUGGAUACAUUUUAUCUUCCCAGUUUCUAGACCUUUAGGAAAACUAGAACACUCUCCCAAGGAAACGAUGAAUGAAGAUGGACUCCAUGGAAACUUGUAAGAUAUCAUCACAAAUUAGUUAGCUCCCACUACAGAAAGGCUAUGGAGAGCGGUGGGCCCAAGGUGCUGGAAACAGCCGAGGAGAUCCAGGAGCGGCGCCAGGAGGUGUUGGCCCGGUACGCGAGGUUCAAGGACCUGGUUGCUGAGAGGGGCCAGAAGCUUGAAGAGUCCUACCACUACCAGGUUUUCAGACGGGAUGCGGAUGACCUGGAGAAGUGGAUCUUGGAGAAACUCAAGAUCGCAGGAGAUAAGAGCUAUGAAGACCCAACUAACAUACAGGGGAAGUAUCAGAAGCAUGAGUCCUUUGCAUCAGAGGUACAAGCAAAAUCGAGGGUCAUUCCUGAGCUGGAGGAAACCAGGAAAGUCCGAUUUGCUGAGGGGCAUUUUGCCCACGAGGACACCAAGGUCCAUCUGGAGGAAUUGCGCCGCCUGUGGGACUUGCUGAUAGAGCUGACUCAGGAGAAGGGCACCUUCCUUCUGCAGGCCCUGAAGCUCCAGCAGUACUUACAGGAGUGUGCCGACAUCCUGGAGUGGAUUGGAGACAAGGAGGCCAUAGUGACAUCCGUAGAGCUGGGUGAAGACUGGGAACGCACAGAGGUUCUGCAUAAGAAGUUUGAAGAGUUCCAAGUAGACCUGGCAGCUCGGAAGGGGAGAGUGGAUGGAGUGAACGAAUACGCUAAUAAGUGUGCUGAGGAGAACCACCCAGAACUGCCUUUGAUUAAGUCAAAGCAGGACGAGGUGAAUGCCGCCUGGGAGCGUCUCCAUGGCCUUGCUCUCCAGCGACGGAAAACACUGUCCAAUGCUGCAGACCUCCAGCGAUUCAAAAGGGAUGUGACUGAAGCCAUCCAGUGGAUCAAGGAGAAGGAGCCCCAACUCAUCUCUGAGGACUAUGGCAAAGACCUCGUUAGCUCCGAGGCGCUGUUUCACAGUCACAAGGGACUUGAGCGGAACCUUGCAGUCAUGGAUGACAAGGUGAAGGAGUUAUGUGCCAAAGCAGACAAGCUGAAGCUUUCCCAUCCUGCAGACGCACCUCAGAUCCAGCAGAUGAGAGAGGACUUGGUCUCCAACUGGGAGCACAUCCGUGCCUUGGCUACCAGCAGAUAUGCAAAGCUGCAGGCUUCUUUUUGGUACCAGCGUUUCUUAUCUGACUAUGAUGAACUCUCAGGCUGGAUGACAGAGAAGACUGCACUAAUCAACGCUGACGAGCUGCCCACAGAUGUGGCUGGUGGGGAAGCCCUGCUGGACAGGCAUCAGCAGCAUAAGCAUGAGAUUGACUCUUAUGAUGACCGAUUCCAAUCUGCUGAUGAGACUGGUCAAGCCCUGCUGGAUGUCAACCAUGAAGCCUCCAAUGAAAUUUUGGAAAAGAUGACAAAGCUUGCCAACAACUGGGCUGCCCUGCUGGACCUAUGGGACAAGCGUCAGCAUCAGUAUGAGCAGUGCUUGGACUUGCACCUAUUCUACCGUGACAGUGAGCAAGUGGACAGCUGGAUGAGUAGACAAGAGGCUUUCCUGGAGAAUGAGGAUCUGGGAAACUCUCUGGGUGCUGUAGAGACCCUUCUUCAGAAGCAUGAUGACUUUGAAGAAGCCUUCACUGCCCAGGAAGAAAAGAUCACGACAUUAGACAAGACUGCAACCAAACUGAUUGACAAUGAUCAUUAUGAUUCAGAGAACAUCGCUUCUAUCCGGGAUGGGCUGCUGGCUCGCCGGGAUGCCCUACGUGAAAGGGCUGCCACUCGGCGCAGAUUGCUGGAGGACUCCCUGCUUCUGCAGCAACUGUAUCAGGACUCAGAUGACCUGAAGAACUGGAUCAACAAGAAGAAAAAGCUGGCAGAUGAUGAAGAUUAUAAGGAUACACAGAACUUGAAGAGCCGGGUUCAAAAGCAGCAAGUCUUUGAAGAAGAAUUGGCAGCUAAUAAGAUCCUACUCAGUAAUCUAGAGAAGACUGGCCAGGAGAUGAUUGAGGGUGGCCACUACGCCGCUGACAGUGUGGCUGCUCGGCUGGCCGAAGUCGCCAGCCUGUGGGAACAAUUGCUGGAGUCGACAGCGCAGAAAGGGACCCAGUUGUUUGAAGCUAACCAGCAGCUGCAAUUUGAAAAUAAUGCCGAAGACCUGAAGCGCUGGCUGGAGGAGGUGGAAUGGCAGGCCAGUUCGGAGGAUUAUGGGAAAGGCCUGGCUGAUGUACAAAAUCUACUUAAGAAACACAACUUCUUGGAGUCUGGUGUGGCUGCUCGUCAGGAACAAGUCGACACCAUCACAGACCUGGCGACGUAUUUUGAAGAAACCGGCCAUCCCGAUGCUGGGGACAUACGGGCACGGCAGGCGUCCCUGGUGUCCCGGUUUGAAGCCCUGAAGGAACCGCUGGCGACCCGGAAGAAGAAGCUCAUUGACAUUCUUCGCCUGCAGCAGAUUUGCAGAGACACCGAGGAUGAGGAGGCCUGGAUCCAAGAGACCGAACCCUCAGCAGCCUCCACCUUGCUGGGCAAGGACCUGAUUACAUCAAAGAAUCUUCUGAAUAGACACCAAGUCAUCCAGGCUGACAUUGCCAGCCAUGAGCCACGCAUCCGAGUGAUAACAGAUCGGGGAAACAAGAUGGUGGAGGAAGGACACUUCGCUGCAGAAGAUGUGGCCUCCCGGGUCAAGAGCUUGAAUGAGAACAUGGAGUCUCUCCAAGGUCGAGCUGCCAGACGGCAGAACGAUCUUGAGGCCAAUGUCCAGUUCCAGCAGUACCUGGCCGACCUGCAUGAGGCAGAGGCAUGGAUUAGAGAGAAGGAGCCCAUUGUAGACAACACUAACUAUGGGGCUGAUGAAGAAGCAGCUGGGGUUCUUCUGAAGAAGCACGAAGCCUUCCUAGUGGAUCUCAAUGCAUUUGGAAACAGUAUGCAAGCUCUACGGGAUCAGGCAGAAGCCUGCCAGCAGCAACAGGCUGCCCCCGUGGAGGGCGCAGCUCGAGAAGAGAGGGUCGUGGCUUUAUAUGACUUCCAGGCCCGCAGCAACCGAGAAGUCACCAUGAAGAAAGACGAUGUCUUAACUCUGCUCAGUUCCAUCAACAAGGACUGGUGGAAGGUGGAGCAUGAGGAUCACCAGGGCUUCGUGCCAGCUGUCUACGUCAGGAAACUGGCCCACGAUGAGUUUCCUACGCUCCCACAGCGGUGGCGAGAAGAACCAGGCAGCAUCACCCAGCGCCAGCAGCAGAUUGAGGACCAGUAUCACUCUCUCCUCGACCGGGCAGAACAACGCAGACGUGGUCUGUUGCAACGUUACAACGAGUUUCUGCUGGCCUAUGAGGCAGGCGACAUGCUGGACUGGAUCCGAGAGAAAAAGGCAGAAAACACUGGCAUAGAACUCGAUGACGUGUGGGAGCUGCAGAAAAAGUUUGAUGAGUUCCAAACGGAUUUGAAGACCAAUGAGCCUCGACUGAGGGACAUCAACAAGGUAGCUGACGAUCUGCUUUUUGAAGGGCUUCUAACACCAGAAGGAACUCAUAUACGGCAGGAGUUGAACACCCGCUGGAACUCCUUGCAGAGGCUUGCAGAGGAGCAGCGCCAGCUGCUGGGCAGCGCCCAUGCUGUCCAAAUGUUCCACAGAGAAGCAGAUGACGUGAAGGAGCAGAUUGAGAAGAAGUGCCAGGCCCUCAGUGCUGCGGAUCCUGGCUCCGACCUGUUCAGUGUUCAGGCCCUUCAGCGACAGCACGAGGGGUUUGAGAGAGACCUCGCACCCCUGGGAGAAAAGGUGACCAUACUGGGAGAGACAGCAGAGCGGCUCAGCGAGUCCCACCCAGACGCCACUGAUGACCUGCAGAAGCAGCGGACGGAGUUGAAUGAGGCCUGGGAUGACCUGCUUGGGCUUACAAAGGACCGGAAGGAGAAUCUAAGUGAGGCCCAGAAAUUCUACCUGUUCCUCAGCAAGGCCAGGGACCUACAGAAUUGGAUCAGUGGCAUGGAUGGCAUGGUAUCAUCGCAGGAGAUGGCUGAGGACUUAACCGGUACUGAGAUAUUGAUAGAGCGACACCAGGAACACCAUGCUGACAUGGAGGCCGAGGCUCCGACCUUCCAGGCCUUAGAAGACUUCGGUGCAGAACUUAUAGGCAGCGGGCACCGAGACAGUCCUGAAAUUGAAAAAAAGCUUCAAGCUGUCAGACAAGAGAGAGCUGAUUUGGAGAAAGCUUGGGAGCAACGCGAGAAGAUGCUAAAUCAGUGUCUAGAGUAUCAGUUGUUCCAAGGCAACUGUGACCAGGCAGAGAGCUGGAUGGUGGCUCGUGAGAAUUUCCUGAGGUCAGAUGAUAAGGGUUCCUUAGACAGUCUGGAGGCCUUGAUGAAGAAACGCGAUGAUUUGGACAAAGCAAUCGCUGCCCAGGAAAACAAGAUCACUGAGCUAGAGCAUUUUGCUGAGCGCCUCAUAGCUGAUGACCACUAUGCCAAGGAAGAGAUUGCUGCUCGCCUCCAGCGGGUGCUGGACAGGUGGAAGGCUCUCAAAGCACUGCUGAUUGCUGAGCGGACAAAACUGGGAAACUAUGCUGACCUAAAACAAUUCUACCGUGACCUCGAGGACCUGGAAGAAUGGAUCAGUGAGAUGCUGCCCACCGCCUGUGAUGAGUCCUACAAAGACCCUACCAACAUUCAGAGGAAGUACCUGAAGCACCAGACCUUUGAAAAUGAGGUGUACGGCCGAGCUGAGCAAGUAGAAGGAGUCAUCAACUUGGGGAACUCUCUGAUUGAGCAAAGGGCAUGCGAUGGCAAUGAAGAGACCAUGAUGGGUCAACUGGAAGAGCUGGAGAAACACUGGGACUACCUGCUUGAGAGAACAAUUGACAAAGGGCAGAAGCUCAAUGAGGCUAGUCGUCAACAGAGGUUCAACACAGGCAUCCGGGAUUUUGAGUUCUGGCUCUCAGAGGCGGAGACACUGCUGGCCAUGAAAGACCAGGCCAGGGACUUGGCUUCCGCAGGAAACCUGCUCAAGAAGCACCAGCUGUUGGAAACGGAGAUGUUGGCCCGAAAUGAUGCACUGAAGGACCUGAAUGAGUUGGCUGCUGAUCUGCUCUCCAGCGGGACUUUCAAUGCUGACCAGAUUGUGGAGAAAAGAGAUAAUGUCAACAAGCGCUUCCUGGACGUCCAGAAUCUAGCAGCUGCUCACCAUGAGAAACUGAAAGAGACCUAUGCCCUGUUCCAGUUCUUCCAGGACCUGGACGAUGAGGAGGCCUGGAUAGAAGAGAAGUUGGUUCGAGUGCGCUCCCAGGACCAGGGGAGGGAUCUGCAGGGGGUUCAGAACUUACUGAAGAAGCACAGAAGGCUGGAGGGGGAGCUGAUGGCACACGAACCUGCCAUCCAGAACGUGCUGGAUAUGGCAGUGGGGCUGGGAGACAAGGCCGCGGUGGGGCGAGAGGAGAUCCAGGAGCGGCUGGCGCAGUUUGUUCAACACUGGGAGCAGCUCAAAGAGCUGACCAAGGCGCGAGGGCUUCAGUUGGAAGAGUCCCUAGAAUACCUGCAAUUUAUGGAGAAUGCCGAGGAAGAAGAAGCUUGGAUCAAUGAAAAGGAAGCGAUGGUUGCCCGAGGAGAUUCUGGAGACACAUUGGCUGCUACUCAGAGUUUGCUAAAGAAGCAUGAAGGCCUGGAUAAUGACUUUGCUGUCCACGAGGCCCGGGUGCAAAAUGUGUGUGCUCAGGGGGAAGGCAUCCUGAGUAAGGAGGAAAGUCAGCACAAGGAGAAGAUUUCCGCCAAGAUAGAGGCUUUGAACGCGAAGACACCGUCUCUGGCCCAGGCCAUAGCUUCCUGGAAGUCGCAGUUGGAAGAUGAUCUGGCCUUUCAGGAGUUCAACUGGAAGGCUGAUGUGGCAGAGGCCUGGAUAGCUGAGAAGGAAAGAAGCCUGAAGAUCAAUGGCAAUGGUGCAGACCUCACUGCCUUCCUCACUCUCCUGGCAAAACAGGACACACUGGAUGCCAGUGUGCAGAGCUUUCAACAAGAGAGACUGGGUAAGAUAACUGACCUAAAGGACCAGCUGGUGGCUGCUCAGCACAGCCAAUCCAAAGCCAUCGAGGAGCGCCACGCUGCCCUGCUGAGGCACUGGGAACAGCUGUUGGAAGCCUGUGAAGCUCACAGGCAGAAAUUGCUAGAGAAACAGCUGCCCCUACAGAAGGCUGAGGAGCUAUUCAUGGAAUUUGCACACAAGGCUUCAGCUUUCAACCACUGGUGUGAGAAUGCUGAGGAGGACCUGUCAGAAAAUGUGCACUGUGUCUCCCUGAAUGAGAUACGCCAGCUGCAGAAGGACCACGAGGCUUUCUUGGCCUCCUUGGCCAAGGCCCAGGAAGAUCUGAACUAUUUGCGAGAGCUAGACCAGCAGAUUAAGUCCUUAAAUGUGCCCUCCAGCCCUUACACCUGGUUAACCAUGGAGGUGCUGGAAAGGAUGUGGAACCACCUACCUGACAUCAUCAAGGAACGGGAGCAAGAGCUGCAAAAGGAAGAGGAAAGACAGGUCAAGAACUUUGAGAUGUGCCAGGAGUUUGAACAGAACGCCAGUGCCUUCCUUCAGUGGAUCUUGGAAACCAGGGCUUAUUUUCUGGAUGGAUCUUUGCUCAAAGAAACAGGAACUCUGGAAUCCCAAUUGGAAGCAAAUAAAAGGAAGCAGAAGGAGAUCCAGCUGAUGAAGCGCCAGCUGACCAAGAUUGAGGAUCUGGGAGACAACCUAGAAGAGGCUCUGGUUCUGGACAUCAAAUACAGCACCAUUGGCUUGGCGCAGCAGUGGGACCAGCUCCAUCAGCUUGGGAUGAGAAUGCAACACAACCUGGAACAACAGAUCCAAGCCAAAGAUACUAUAGGUGUGAGUGAAGAGACACUGAAGGAGUUUAGCACAACCUAUAAACACUUUGAUGAGAAUUUGACAGGGCGCUUGAGUCACAAAGAUUUCCGGUCCUGCCUGAGAGGACUCAAUUACUACUUGCCCAUGGUGGAGGAGGGUGAACCUGAGCCCAAGUUCGAGAAAUUCCUGGAUGUCGUCGAUCCAGGGAGGAAGGGCUAUGUCUCACUGGAAGAAUAUACCUCAUUCCUGAUUGACAAGGAAUCAGAGAACAUCAAGACCAGCGAUGAAAUUGAGAAUGCUUUCCAAGCUUUGGCAGAGGGCAAGAACUAUAUUACCAAAGAAGACAUGAAGCAGGCUCUAACACCAGAACAAGUGUCCUUCUGUGCCUCACAUAUGCAGCAAUACGUGGACCCACGGGGCCGGAGCCACCCUGCUGGCUAUGAUUAUGUUGGCUUCACCAGUUCCUUCUUUGGCAACUGAUAAGCGACUCAUACUAGAUCAUAUAAAAUCUUAGUUAUGGAAUUAUUGGAGAAUGAAAGAGGUGAACACAGAGGGUAGAAAGAUAGUAGUGUGUGUAUUACAUUUAUUGUAGGACCCAAAAGAGAAACAACCUUGGGAGAUAUAAGGCAUUAGUAGAGUUGGAGAAGAGGAGACCAGGGGCUUAUUUUGCAUGAAACUAAUUAAACCAACUGAUGGGUGUCAAGUUCUCUCUUUUCUAAAAAAAAAAAAUAAAUAAAAAAAAUUAAAUUUAUUAAGGUGACAUUGGUUAAUAAAAUUGUAUAAAUUUCAAGUAUGCGAUUCUAUGAGACAACAUUUGUAUAUUGCAUUGUAAGCCCACUGCCCAAAGUAAAAUCUUCUUGCAUCACCAAA